CAAAGUUUUUGAAUGGGUAGUCUGACACAUCACAAAAAGGACACAUGAUAAAAAGGUCAUAUACCCCUUUUUAUGAGCUUUUGCCUGAAUAAAUCGUUGCUAGGCUGCUUGGAACUCGACAAGUUAAGUCAAUAAAGUCCUAAUUCGACUGAAUCUCUCACAUUUUCAUAUACAAUGUCGAAGCCUUGGAAGAAUCUGGAUAGCCAGGAGGAGGAAUUCAACAAUUUCAUGCACAAAGUGUCCGAGGUCGAAAGAAUUGUCCACAAGUUAGCCUCGAAAGACAGGGAGGAACAAGCCAUCGGUGAUGCGGAGGCUAAAAGAUAUCUUGGGGAGAGCGAGCAGUCAAAAGAGGAGAUUAUAGACGUGGAAAACAUGAAAUUGAGGGUAAAGAGUGAUAGGACCGUCAUCAAUAAGAAGGCUUUUCAAGAGGCGCCUUCAGGAGAUCAGUCGACCAUGUCUCAAGAGGCUUUUAUGAGAGAAGUGGAGAGAGAUGCUGAUAGGAGGUAUAAGGAAAGGAAGAUAAGGCAGGAAAAGAUGGAAACGCUGAAAAAACAGGCUACUUUAGCCUUCAACAGGGAGGAUUUCAUAAAGGCUCUCUCCUGUUACAACAAGGCAUUAGAUCUGGUAAAAGAUAAUCACAAUUUGUUUCUAAACAGAGGCUUGACUCAUAUAAAAUUGAAGCUAUAUGAUAAAGCUCUCGUGGAUAUUGAUAGAGCAAUAUACCUCAAUGAAAACUCCUUGAAGGGGUAUUUACUGAAGGCCAAAAUAUUGUUCUUGACUGGAAAAAAUGGGGAUAUGAAGAAGAUUUCGGAAGAAGCGAAGGAAAAACAUCCAGAGAAGGCUGAUUUUAUCGACGGGUACAUAAAAGAUUUGAAUCAAACAGAAAUUGGGCAGUGAGUGAAAUCUGGUCGAAAACGUAAUUUAUUCUGGGUGUAUUAGAGCUUGAAUGAAGAAAUAUUUUAUAUAUUUGCCAUUUUUUCAUUUUCCAAGCUCCAUUUUCUUCUAUGCAUAAAAUAAAUCAUUCUAUAAAAAACGCAUAGAAUUCCUUUCGCCUCUUUAUUCUAUGUAUCAAAAUGAACCAUAAAGAUUAAUAAAUUUUCAGUGUUCGAUGACUGAAUCAGAGAAUUGUUACUGUUUAAUUAUUUUCUCAUUGUAAAACUUUGAAUAAAUAUUGAAAAUGAAUGAUUCUGACCAAGGUUCUCUAGAACUAACUCAUUAUUUGAAGAACAACGCUUCACUGUGCCAAGAAAACCAUUAUCAAGAGAUUCUGGCGAACACCGAGAAGACAGCGAAAGAUCUGGAGGUGAUGUACACUUCCCUGCAAAUGAUGAAAUACGAAUUUGCGAAAUUGAAUGCUCAAAGCGUGAAAAUUGAGACCUACUUGGCUCUAAACAAGAAAAUCCUGAACGAGGCUCUCAAGGAGUUAGAAGAGGAGAAAACCUUCCAACUCGAUGAGGAUAUGGCUUGAAAUUACCUCUGUUUUCUUAAGUUCAAUAAAAGAAAUGCUUAUUUCAA